AAAGCAAUUCUUGUCUCCACUAGAAAAUAAGUUUGGCAAAAGAAAGCAAACGUGUCCUAUAUCUGCCUGCACCCUCUUUCAAAUCACACAAACAAAUCUCUAAAUAUUUAAAGGCCGCAUGACCAGAAGAACCAAACCAAAACCAGAGAACCAAAAUCAAGAAAGGAAGCAGCAGCAGCAAAAGGGAGACCCACCAAAGCUUUACCCCUUGUGACUCACGAGAGAUUGCACAAACUAAUAAGGCUCAGAAAAACUGAUCACAAGAAAGGAAAGAAAAAGGGUAACAGAAAUUAAUGGAGAAGAGUAGCACAGGCACAGAAAAGGUAAGGAAAAGUGGAGGAAAUGGAAAUGGACAGGUUCUAGACGGUUCAGAUAUAAUGGAGUUGGUUGGGAAUGAGGAGGUGUUUAGCAGUUUCGUUGAUCAUAAGUUCCGAGAACUGGAUAGAGACAGCGACGGCCAUCUCUCUGUUAAAGAACUUCAACCUGCUGUUGCUGAUAUCGGUGCUGCCCUUGGCUUGCCUGCUCAGGGUUCUUCUCCUGAUUCUGAUUAUAUUUACUCCGAGGUUCUUAAUGAAUUCACCCAUGGCAAGCAAGAGAAAGUGAACAAGACUGAAUUUAAAGAGGUUCUGUCAGAUAUUUUGUUAGGCAUGGCUGCAGGUUUGAAGCGAGACCCUGUAGUGAUCCUCCGUAUGGAAGGUGACGACCUGUUAGAAUUCGUCAAUGGACCAAGUUAUGAAGCAGAAAUGGUGUCCAUAUUCUCACAGCUACAGUUACCUGAUGGAUCACUCCAUGAUCACAUUGCUAAAGCCUUGGAAAAUCUUAGGGUUGAUCAGGGGAUGCCUCCAUCCUCAGAUUCUUGGGUAAUGAGCACCAUUGUGGAACCAGCCCUGCAAACAUGUACAGGACAAGAUCAUGAUAAACCCAUUUCUCAGGAGACAUUCUUGGCGGAGUUUAAGAAAGUAGCAGAACGUGUGGCUCAAAAUCUCAAAGAACAGCCUGUCAUUGUCGCUCAUAGUGAAAAUACAUUUGAUGGAAGUGGCAUUAGGAGACUAUUAGCUAACAAGUUUGAAUUAGACAAGAUUCUGAAUACAGCUAUAGAAAAUGCGCCAAAAGAUCGUAAUGGGAAAAUGUCUAAGGAGUUCCUAAGAGUGGCACUGGAUGUAAUAGCUCCUUCAGCUGGUCUCCCUCCAGUCGGUGCUGUUGAUGAGAUAGACAAGGUUGUAGGGGAACUGUUUACGAUGAUGAAUGCAGAUGAUGGGAAGCCGGUUAAAGAAGAUGAGUUCAAGAAGAUGUUGACUGAAAUCCUGGGAAGCAUCAUGCUGCAAUUAGAGGGUAAUCCCAUCCCAGUUUCUACAAAUUCUGUGGUGCAUGAGCCUCUUGCCUCCUCCUCUACACUUCUGCAGCCAACUUCCUAAUUUCAUAUGUGAUAUAUGGUGUAUCAUGUGUUUUAUAUAUAUAAAUUAAUACUAGUAAAAUAAUAUAAAAGAGGAAUAAUUAUUUGCUAGUAUAAGAUGGAUAGAAUCAGAGUCAUGGUGAAUGAUAAUCUUCUUCUACUUGAUCGAGUGCUGUAAUCUGUUUCUCCAAGUAAUUAAUAUUAAAAUUCCUUUAUCAAAGUUUAACUUUA